CGUAGCGCUCAUUUCACGUGAUAACAAGCUUGCGCGCUUAACCCGCUUUGUGUUUCGAGGCCCCGCUCACAAUGCACAAGUCUACAUACAAUGGGUCGCUCGUCGCGGUGGGCACAAUAGCCUUCCUGCUGAUCACCAUCGCCGCUGCACCAAUGGAGGCUGAAGAAGAGCCGACGAGUGACAAUGAGCUGGUGCUGCACGAGGGAGAGCUGGACUACGGCGCGCCCUUCGACACUCUCAACUCGGCCGCGCUGCGCAAGUUCCUCAUGCAACUUGACGCUGAAGAGAGGUUAAGUCCCCGCGUUGGUCGCUCGUGGCCCCCCGAGCCGCGCGGCUGGCUGCGGCGGCCCGACGGCAGGCUGGCCCGUCAGUGGCGCGCCGACAAGAGGCAGGUACGAUUCCGCCAGUGCUACUUCAACCCCAUCUCCUGCUUCCGCAAGUGAAUUGUUGAGCUGUCUGUAUAAUAUAACCUCCUCCUUUUUCUGGAAGUCGGUUAAAAGUUACUGUAAGCAUAAAUAAAUAAGUAGAGUAAAAUUUUGUUUGGUUCAGAGCACAGUAAUUCUUAUCGAUAAUACGAUAAGAGAUACUAUGCUAUGAACUUUAAGCCCGUCUUGCAUCACCAUCCCAUACAAUUAGGCUUAUUUGAGACUUUUAAUGAAUACACCUUUAUUUGACAGGCUUCUAGGCCUCUGUAUUUCUAUUUCUUGAAUAAACAGUGUCUAUACAAAGCAGUCACUACAAAUAUUUCAUUUGAAACUAUUUAGGAGUAAUUCCAAGUAAAUACAGGCUCGUUAUACUUGAUAGCAAAGAGCUUGUGAUGUUAUUUCAGAUUAAGGUCAGAUACCGAGACGUAAAGUGAUGCUACAAUAACAUUGCGAUUCAGAAUUGAACUUUAUUAUCUACACAUGAAAAAACACGUUACAGAGGUAUCCGUAACAGAGGCGCAGUUUGAAAUUCUUGCGUAGUAAAUAAGUUACAAUUUUGAUUCGCCGCUUAAAAAACAGAUCUGCAUCGUGUCUUGUAUCGUCUCGGUGUGAACUGAUGCUAAAUUAAUUGUACAAUACAAAAAUUUUACAUCUUUGUUCUCUUUUUAAAUUACUUAAACAAGUAACCUAAAAUUAGUACGAACCAUGAGACUUUUCACCUUUGUUUAAAUAUAAAAAAACUAGUCUCUUGACUAAGAUUAUACACGUACCUGCAAAUCGCAUCAGAGCACACGUAUUUGCGGCAUAAAUCUGCCGAAGCGAGUAACCUAAUAAAGUAAAAAGUUGCCGUAACACUUUUCCCAUCUCAUUACAUCUGUUCCGAAGUUGGAAAGUCUUUUGUAACGGGAAAAACGAGGUCGACAGAGCUCAUUUCAAUAAAUUUUACAAGAUUUGAGGCUGCCGCAUAAAAUUGCCAAAAGGGUGUAUUGUUACAUGCAACAAAUCUUUAUGAAUCCAAUAGAGGUAUUCUUUGUGUAGAAAUAUAAUUUUAACCAUCUAUGUCUUUAGAGAAAAUUGUUAAUAUUCUUCGAAAUUGUAUCUCUAUAAGUAUGUAAGUUUAGAUUUAUGUCUAGUCAAUGAAUAAAUUAAUGUUAUGUCAACGGACAAACUUGA